UAGGUAGGUAGAAGGCGACUGAUAUCCAUAUUGACGAGAUUGCCACCACAAUGCCGCCAUGGCUGACUGAAAAGGCUGUACUUCUGGAGGACCUCCCGCGCCGUUCCACGCCGGAAGUCUUGGUAUUUCUUGGAAAAGAGAGGGGUGGCACCCAGGAACCCACUUGAAUAGCAAGGUGGUGCUGCCGUCACACCAAAAGCCUCGCCAGGAUAAGCAUGUGGUCCGUGGUCUGAAGGUAUCAGCCCAAGGAAUACAGGAAACAUCGUGCUUGGCGGUGGGAGAAAUGCCCGCGGACAUUCUUAAGGUCUCUUGGCUGCGAAGGGGGCUGUCCUGAUAUAUUAAAUUUUUACCAUCUAGGAAUGUCACGAUGUCGAUCGAGGCAUAGCAGUAGGGGGGUAGUGGGGUCUAAGAAGGGCCAAUUAGGUCUCGACUGUAUCGCGCAUGAAGUAGGCUUGGGGAACGACAUUAGACCUCCUGGUUGGUCGAAAGAGUCCUUCGCUUCAAUAGUCGAUUUCCGAUGCGUUAGUUACGGCCAAGUGCCAACGGCUGAGGCAAGCUUCUUCCCGGAGCUUGCUUCAUGGGGGUCUGCAGAACGGGGAUCCUCUGAUCUCAGCAUGGUGUACAAGGUAGCUUCGAAGGAGCCUCAGACGAGGCAAACGUUGAUACGUAAGCGUAAAUGUCUGAUAAGGGGCCGCUCCAUGCUAGAAAAUCCGGGGACCGAGGCGACCCGUUUAGAUGGAUGCCUCGCUAGCGUGUCGUGCCUCAUCGUGAGCAGUCAACCGGGAGGCCAAACCCAAUUGCUAGAGGCUAAAUCGAAUCAGGUCAUGGUGGGACACGGCUACUGGCAAUGGUACCCCCUGGAGUUAUUGCAGCCUUUGUCGAUUGAGGUGACAGGAAGGUUAGCAUAAAGGGCGAACAAAGAAUACUCUUUCAAGGGAAGACCUUGGACAGGCCGUUGAGUGCCCGGAGAACGCAUUUGCCCGACUGGCCUCGCCGGAGGACCCUGGCAUGGUGGUAGUCAGUAGUGUGGCCAUGAAGUUC